CCCCAUGCAUUGAGAGUAUGCGUUUACUGUGGUUAUUCACUUUCGGGUCAUGCAUCAUAAAUGAAGUGUCAGAAAAUACCUGGUUAAUAUUGCAUUUAAGGUUUUGGCGUAGCAAAGGCUUUUCUUUAUUUUUUUUAACAUGGAGUACUAAAUUCACAGAUUCAAGCAGAGUCCGGUCUUCAAGACAAGGACCCGGCUGCUUUAUUGUACAGUGCCUGGGAGCGGGCGAUGCGGGCGGCUCUGUGCCAGGUGGGGCGGCGCUCCCUGGGCCCGGCCGGGCUGAACCGGGCCUGGGCGGCCCUCCUCGCCGCAGGGCCCAGCCUGCCUGUGAGCCGCCGGACCAUCUACAGCGAGACGGGCGUGUGGGAGAGGGACUACCGGGCCGAGACGCGCCGCAGAGUGGAGCAGUGGUGGCACCCACUCAUCAAGGAGCACUGGCGCCGACGGGCACCCGAUGACAAAUCGCGACAGAAGUUCUAUGUGCUGUCCAUGUUCCCCUACCCCUCUGGAAAGCUGCAUAUGGGGCACGUUCGAGUGUACACUAUCAGCGACACCAUCGGCCACUUCCAGAGGAUGAGAGGAAAGCAGGUGCUGAACCCCAUGGGCUGGGAUGCUUUUGGACUCCCAGCCGAAAAUGCGGCUAUAGAGCGCGGACUUGACCCGGAGGAGUGGACUAAAAGUAAUAUUGAGCACAUGAGGGAGCAGCUGGACAGUCUCGGGCUCUGUUUCGACUGGGACAGGGAAGUCACGACUUGCCAGCCUGAUUACUAUAAGUGGACACAGUACCUGUUUGUCAAGCUGUAUGAGGCAGGGCUGGCCUACCAGAAAGAGGCCCUAGUGAACUGGGACCCUGUGGAUCAGACGGUGCUGGCGGACGAGCAGGUGGAUGAACACGGCCGCUCCUGGCGCUCGGGAGCCGUGGUGGAACAGAAGCUGCUGAAGCAGUGGUUCAUCAAAACCACCAGCUACGCCAAGCCUCUUCUGGACGCGCUGGCUGAGCUUCCCGAGUGGUAUGGUGUCAAAGCAAUGCAAGCCAAUUGGAUUGGGGACUGCACAGGAUGCUACUUUGAUUUCCGCUUAAAGGUGGAUGGAGAGGAGACGGGCGAGACGCUGGCCGCCUACACCUCCACACCUGAGGCCGUGUACGGAGCUGCCUUCCUCUCCAUCCUGCCCUCUCACCGCCUGCUUCACGGCUCGAGCCCUGUGAGGCCUGCCCUCCAGGAGGCACACGUGCCAGGGGAGGACUGCCUGACCUCAAUCACUGCAGCGAAUCUGUUCACUGGUCAGGAGAUCCCCCUUGUUAUCUCCGCUAAGCCAGAGUUCGAAGGUCACCUGGAUACCAUCAUAGGCAUUCCUGACACCAGUGUGGAGGACUCGGCAGUAGCCAGGGCUCUGGGACUGACCGCUGUCACUGUGCUGGAGACACAGCCAGACGGCACACAGACGUUGCUUCACUCUGGGGAGUUCACAGGCCUCAACACGGCCGAUGCCUUCAGCGCCAUAACACAGCGGGCUAGAGAGCGAGAUGUCGGCGGCCACCUCAGCAGUUCCAAGCUCAGGGAUUGGCUGAUCUCGCGUCAGCGGUCCUGGGGCACGCCCAUUCCCAUCAUCCACUGCCAGUCCUGCGGGCCCGUGCCUGUGCCGGCGGAGGAGCUGCCCGUCCUGCUGCCCAGGCUGAGCUCCCUCACUGGCAAGGGAGCCUCCCCUCUGGAGUCGGCCCUGCAGUGGGUCCACUGCCGCUGCCCACGGUGUGCCGGCCCCGCAAGGAGAGAGACCGACACCAUGGACACGUUCGUCGACUCUGCCUGGUACUAUUUCAGAUACACCGACCCUCACAACGGUCAGAGGCCCUUUGAUCGGUCUCUUGCGGAUUACUGGAUGCCUGUGGAUUUAUAUAUCGGAGGCAAGGAGCAUGCUGUCAUGCACUUGUAUUAUGCCAGGUUUUUCAGCCACUUCUGCAGAGACAAGAACUUGGUUUCACACAGGGAGCCUUUUCACAAGUUGCUGGUCCAGGGCCUCAUCAAAGGGCAGACCUUCCGGCUGGCAGACAGCGGGCAGUACCUCAGGAGAGAGGACGUCGACUUCUCAGGCCCAGAGCCCGUGCAGGCCGGCACGGGGAGGAAGCUGCAGGUCACCUGGGAGAAGAUGAGCAAGUCGAAGCACAACGGCCUGGACCCGCAGGAGGUGGUGAAGCAGUACGGGAUCGACACCGUUCGCCUGUACAUCCUCUACGCCGGCCCGCCCGAGCAGGACAUCCUCUGGGAUGUCAAGACGGACGCCAUUCCCGGGGUGCUGCGCUGGCAGGCCCGCCUCUGGGCGCUGGUCACCAGGCUGGCGGACACCCGCCGCACCGGGGGGGUCCCGGCUCCGCAGCUGCUGAGCGCCCAGGAGAAGGCGGAGGCCAGGAGAAUCUGGGAGAACAAGAACUACGCGGUGUCGCAGGUGACACAUCACUUCACAGAGGACUUCCUGCUCAAUGCUGCGAUCUCUCGCCUCAUGGGCCUAACCAACACGCUCUCUCGCGUCUCCCCACGGGUGGUGCUGCACAGCGUGGAGUUUGAGGAGGCUCUGGCCGCCCUGUGCGUCAUGACCGCUCCCAUGGCCCCCCACCUGGCCUCCGAGCUCUGGGCAGGUUUGUCGCAGGUGAAGAACAGACUGUCCCGUGGCCUGCAGUGGGACUCUCAUGUGUUGCAGCAGGACUGGCCCAGCGUGGACCCAGAAUACCUCCAAACUCCCGACACGGUGGAAGUCUCUGUCAGGAUUAACAACAAAGCGUACGGCUCGGUGAGCGUGCCCCUGGGGGCGUCCAGGAAUCAGGACGAAGUCCGCGAGCUGGUCCUCAGGAGCCAGGUGGGCGUCCAGCAUCUGAAGGAGAGGACCAUCAGGAAGGCCAUCCUGUCACCCCGGGCUGCACUCAUCAACUUCCUGGUGGAGGACUGAGACAAACCAAUCCCUUUCGAAAGGCCAGGCCGCCGUUGGGUCAAGACGGGUCUCUGUGGUUCCGUUUUUUUGUUUCCUGCAGAAAAUUGAGCUUUCUUUUACAAAAGCACUGAGCUAAUCAUCCCCCCCACCCCCCAACAAAAAUAUAUUUUUUUCUUGUUAGCAUGUCGGAAUGCUUUUGUAUUCUGUUCUGCGUGAGCCCCCAAGUCAGGCUUACUGACUCCCGCACAUCUACGCUCUCGUUAAAGGUUCCUCUUUUUCUGGAGUCUGGCGUGAUGUUACUUUGCUUAACGUGUGAGUUUCAUCCACAUAUUGUGUGGACAAAGAGAUUCAUCCGGGAGACCCGUCAACUAUAGGGACUAGGAACGAACACUUCUUUUUUGAAAUAUAUUUGUGAUGUCAUGUGAUGAGAAAGAGUAAUGUAAAAACCUGCGAUUUUUUAAAACAAAAUACAUCUGCCAACUUACUCGUUCCAGAAUUCUUUUCUUAAAAUGGAAAAUCACCUGAAAUAUGUGCUGCCUCACGCUCUGUAUCGGAUCACGUCGUGACCUUCAUCUUUGGGACCACGCUGAGUUGUUCCCUGACCCUGCCUGGGUGCUGGAAUUGGGAUUGUGGGAUUGUGGGAUUGGUCCGCCCCUCUGUCCAAUGAGAAGGGACUCAUACCUGCUUUCGCUAGAGGGCGACUUUCAGCUCCUGCCUCCUGGGAUUGCAGUCCACUUUGUGACAGUGACAAAUGGGGUGUAAAAAAAUGGCCAAGAAGAAAAAAUAAACGGCUUUUUUUUUUUUUUGCAUGGCGCCUUCUCACAGUUGUUGAAGUUCAUUUUCUAUUAACAAAUGACGGCAAAAAAAAACGCUUCGUUUGGGAGCGUUUUUAGAAAUAUUUCACAGAUUUCAAGGAGAAAUUUAAAGAGAUUUUAGGCUCUGCUUUUUCAGUUGAAGCAAACCCACAAAAAAAAAACCUUCAAAACUUUCCUUCUGUUCCAGUCUUGAUCCAAGUUUGCCGAAAAAGCAAUUUCGCACUUGGGGAAGGUUUUGGCUCCUGGCUGCUUUUAAGAACUGAGUCAUUCUACCACAGCUGUGUACUGUACUCGUGUGACUUUAUGGAACCGACAGUCAAAUGGAAGCAGAUCUGGGAACAUUUUAAAUCUAAGCAAUGCUGAUGAGUCAUUGAAUUUGGAGGUUUUUCUACCUUGUACUCCCAUCAGAUCUCAGAAUUUUAAGUUACUAAAACAUUAAAGUUAACUUUCCUUAGUGCAUGAACCUCCUGUGUCCUCAUCCUCUGCUUUUUUAAUACUGCACGUGAAAUAGAGAUUUUUGUAAAAAGGUACACUGAAGACUGAAAGAAACCUCAAUAGCACAUGCAGUGGUUCCUGCCAGGUUUUUAUAUAGGCAAUUCUAAAUGAAGGAUUCAGCAGUGACUUAACUGGCUGUCUGCUUCCGUUCUGCCCAUUUCUGUAUUUUGGUCAUCGCUCGAUUUAUAACAAGAUCAAGCCGGUGAUUGUUGUAUGAAUCUCAGUACCUCAUCCAGUCAGUAGAUUGCGGAGAAUUAGAAGAACUUUGACACACUCCUUUUCUUUAACUUACGAUUCUUCAUUUAAAAGCCAGGGCAUAUGUGAGCUCUCUUUAACCUGCACUCUGUAUUAAAAUUUCUCAUUUUGGUUUUUGUGCAGUUUAAAAUGGCCUGCUGUUCUGAGAACAUUUGACUGUAUAGCUUCCCUUUUUUUUUCCUGUAUUUAAAUUGCCGUGAGCAUAAUACUGAAAUGUGGGCAGAUUGCAAUUAUAAUGCAAGGAUAUAAACAGCAGAGUGCAUUUCAGAAAAUGCAUGCAUGCCAUUCUAUAUAGCUUUAAACCUAACUCCAUGGCUUGCUGUAAAUAAUCAUCUGAUUAUACCUAUUAAGGCUGGAGCAGAAUGCACCUCCGGGGCAAGUCUGAUUCAUAUAGAGACUGAAGAAUGUCAAUAACAAGGUACAGGGCAUCAUAUUUGCAAUGAGGCAUCCCUAAGCUGGGUAGAAUAAUCUGUCCUCGCUGUUAAAUUACUAAUUGUAUUUUGCGUUUAUUUAGAGUCAGCUGACUGUUCAGCCUUGAAAUUCUGUCAUUACUUCAGCGUGCUAUUGAUUUGCAACAGCUUGCCUGAAACGCCUUGGGUGUGUGUUCUUUUUAAUCAGAACCACUCAGCUUACAGUCGCCAACUCCAGGCUUUCUAAGCAGUGUGUAGUAAUUUGGUUGAUGCUAAGUUACGGGGUUUCUUUGAUAAACAGUAAUUUAGAUUUUUACUUUGUGCUGCGGGUGUUGAGUGCACGGUUAUGCAAAAUAAAGGAAAACUUAAUAAUUAACACA